AUAACAUUCAUUAUUAAACAUUUUGCCAACUAUUUAGGGAAGAGUAAUUAAAUCUCUGAAAUUUCCCUUUUCAUUACAAAAAGCUCCCCAUUUUCACUUUCUUCUUCUUCUUAGCCUAAAUAAAUACCUCUGGAAACUACCAAAAUAUCCAUAGAAAACUACCAAUUCCAAUAUUCAAAUCAUGAAAAUGGGUCCAUCUUCUCAAAUUCCCAAAACAUUCUCUAUCUUUUUCCUACUAUUACUCUUCUCCACUCUUGAAUUAUCAUCACUAUCAUCAUCCAUUGAACUCACAAACUUUGUAUACAAAGGUUGUGCUAACCAAAAAUUCCAAGACCCAUCUGGUUCUUCCUCACAAAUACUCAACACCCUUUUCGACACACUGGUUUCUCAAUCAUCUACCAACAAAUUCUACAAAACAACCGCCGGUAGUAACACCCAGUCGGCAAUCUCCGGUCUCUUUCAAUGUAGAGGCGAUCUUUCUAGCAGUAACUGCAACAUUUGUGUUAAGAAAAUCCCCGAAAUGUCUCGGAAGCUCUGCGGGGAAUCGAUUGCAGCUAGGAUUCAGCUGACCGGUUGUUAUCUGAGGUACGAGGAUGUCGGGUUCCAGACAAUUGGAGCUAAUGAGCUGUUGUUUAAGGUUUGCGGGUCGGAUCAAGUUAAUGGAGAUGGGUUUAGUGAGAGGCUUGGUAAUGCUUUAGGGGAAAUAGCUAAAGGGAUUUCUAUGAGUAAUAAUGGGUUUUAUGCAAAUGGGUAUCAGUCAGUUUAUGUGUUGGGUCAGUGUGAAGGUGAUCUGAGUAAUGUCGACUGUGUGAACUGUGUGAAAAAUGGUGCUGCUAAAGCUAAAACUGAAUGUGGGAACUCCAUUUCUGCACAGAUUUAUCUGCAACAGUGUUAUAUUAGCUACACUUAUUAUCCUAAUGGUGUUCCCACUAAAUCACUAUCCCCCUCAGGAACAAGACAGAGUACUCAAAAGACUGUUGCUAUAGUCUUGGGUGGACUGGUUGGUGUGGGGUUAGGAGUUGCUUGUUUGCUAUUUACAAGAUCAGCAUUCAAGAAAAAGGGCUAUUCUAAGUAUGGAGGAUAAGGUCACACUAGCCAAAAGGAAUGACAAAAUGGGGCAGAGAUUUUGAGGUUGGCUUUGUAGAAAAGACAAAGUGUAAAGUUAGGUUGCAUGAUUGGCCCUAUAUAUAUACUGUAAAGGAGGAGGUGUGGUGAUGAAGGAAAGUGAAAUUUGCUUUUUGUGCUUUAUAUUUUGGCUCCAGCUUCCACUAUUUUCCUUCUAAACCAAGUUUUGGUCCCUUUUUUCUCUUUGGACUUUUCAAGUGCAAGUAGAUAAUAGUGGUGAAUUAAGCUUAAAAAGAGCUAUUGUCUCUCUUAGACUAAGCAACUAGGCAUUGAUUGUAGUAAUGCUUCUUUCUUUUUCUUGAAAUCCAUAUGAAUGUACAUCCACAUAUGAAUUGCUUUAUGAAAAGAAGUUAAGGAUAGUGCAA